GUGAUUGACAGGUAGACUAAGCGCAGCCUUCUGCAGGCAAACACGUAACAUCCUAAAACUGGUACAUAUAAUUAACUAAAUGAUCUAAGCGCUUUAUCAACCGCUGAAUGUGGUUGUGUGUGUUGAAGAAUUACAACAGGCUCUCUCAAAGUUGCUCCUGUCCUCCAAAUCCUCCCACAGGUGUCAUCUUUUCAUUCAGUCUGCCAUGUCAACCUCAAAGAGCCCUGACCGUCCUGGGCCUGCUGCUCCGUGCCAUCCCUCCUCCUCUGUCGAGAGCAGCGGCUACAUGGAGCCUGAUCCUGACCCUGGACUCCUCUUCCCGGUGACACGGUCCUCGCUGCUGGCACGACGUCUCCUGCGUUUACGGGCCAGCGGUGGCCACAGCCCCGUUACGCGCCGCAAGAGGGAGAUGAUCCCCCCCGACAAGAAAGAUGCCACCUACUGGGACAAGCGGCACAAGAACAACGAGGCGGCCAAGCGGUCCAGGGAGAAGAGGAGGCUGAACGACCUGAUGCUGGAAGGUCAGCUUCUGGCUCUGAGUGACGAGAACGCACAGCUGCGCGCUCAGGUGCUCAGCAUGCAGUAUCACUGCAGCCUGAGUGCAGACAAGAGCAAAGCUGAAGCCUCUACUUUUUCUUCGUCACCUAGACCGGCUCACACCGCUGCCCUCUUCCAGACAGGACUCUGGGGCAACAGCAGGAGCGGCCCACCUUCGGGCCUGGGUGUUAGGCAACAAGAAAGAGCAAUUCACCCGUCUGAGGCCAAGAUCCCUUGUUUUAGCUCAACUAGAGUUGGCCUCAAUCCACAAAGUGGUGGCACACAGCAAAGCCUCUUCCCUCUCCCCGGACCCCAUGUAUGCUCUCACCGGGCAGCCUCAGAGGCCGCGAGGUCAGCGGAGACAGAGAUGGAUACUCAGCGACAGGUCUCCUCCAGCGAUGACCUCCUCAACUCCAGCCACGCGUCCUCCCAUCCCGCCUCUUCCAUCCGAGCACUUCUGCCCACACCUGACACACUCCACCAUGCCUCCAUCCUCUCAUACCCGCCUCAAAACUGGCUGCUGACCCAUGUGAAUCACCCGGCAGUGUGUAAUAAUUUCAUGUUGCCUUGGCGGUCUUCCUACAUGGCCCCACCGGCCGUCUACCCCGGCCUGCCUCUCUACAUACAGGAGAGACAAGACCAGGGUUUCGAUAUGGAGGCAGACAUUCAGAGGGGCAUCAAGAGCCGGUUCAGCAGCGCACCAGCAGGGCUGUCUCAGCUCGGAAUGCACCUCAGUCCUGAUGGACGUUAACAGGACAGUUUGACUGUCAUGGCGUUUAUUACAAAGAGAGGAGAAAUACAUCUUAGUGUAUUUUUGAAGCUGCAUUCAUGUCUUGCAUGCAAUUACAGCUUUGAAUGUUUUAAAUCGAUCAUGAAUACAAAAGAGGCUUUAUAAUUUGGACAACAUGCCUGAAUGCAAUAUGCUUUCCAAUUUGUUAUUUGGGCAUAAUGAAAACAGCAAUAAUGUCCAUGUAGUAGGCUAUUUAACGAUAUAUAUCAGUCUUUAUUGUCAUUUCACAGUAUUUAUAGCAUUUUACGUACAUGAAACGAAAUGUGUCCUCUGCAUUAGAACAACCCUAUAUACAAUAGGAGCAGUGAGCCGCCGCUGGCGCCGCGGAGUUUAUAUAUAUCGGUAUGCAUAUUUUCGGAAAUACAGAGUGCAUUUAAUGCAGCCAUGCUGUUGAUUUAGUGUCUGACUUUCUGUGGUUUCAAAUGUGUUUAUGAGAAUGAAACAGCGGUUACAUUGCACGCACAGACCAGUGGUGGCAGAUUAACAACAGGAAUAAUAAUGCAGCUUGCUUCAAAUCUUUUAUUGAUGACAUUAUUAUAAAGUAGUAGGCUAUGUAAAUGUAUAGCUGAAGCUACAAAAGGUAAUUCGAGGUUUUUUUUUGUCAUGAUUUGAGAUAUUAGAGACAUACAUUAAAUGACUGGGUUGAUUUGAUUGUAUAGGGGGGUUAGGACUCAUUGUUUGUAAUUUAUUUUGCCGUUUAUCUGCGGUGAAAACAUCGGCAAGUUAACUGAGCCAGCGAAACUCGGUGCCUGUUGACUUGGUAUUUCCCUUUAUCCCCACUGCGUGAUUUCCCAGCAGACUUUGAUUCAAUGGAAAACCAAACGUUGAACCGUUUAUUUGUAUGCCUACAGCUCAGUAUGAGACGCUAUCCUCCACUGCGUGCAUAAGGUUGUGCCACUCUUCGGCGCAUUAUUUUUAACUCAGCCAUAAAUACAAUAACUUUAUGCGUGCAACCAGGUGGCUCGCCCUUUGUUCUGUCUUUGCACAAUUUAAUAGCUUACGCGUCUAUCUCUGCAAAAUGUUUCUUUAGAAAAGGUGCAAAAGUUGUAGAAAUAAAACACUGAUGAUAUUUUAAAGAUCAGAUGUGCUAAAUGUAUUGAUUUGAAAAAAACAAAUCCAAAGUUUUAUUUACAAUAAGAAAUGUUCCAAUACAAAAUGAUCUACCUAUUUACGGUUCAUUCUUGCAGCUUCUGUAAUAUACUUUACCUUAUAUAAUUUAGGCCAGUAUUACUGCACGUAGAUCAACACAGUGGUAGAACAAUCUCCAAGCUUUCUCUCCAUGCACUGCAGGGAUAAUCAAAAAGUAUCUAUCAAAUAAGCUUAAAUAAAAUAGUAAUCCAGGCUGAUGAACUAUUACAAGACAAUCAGGUUUAGAAAAGUUUCUUAUAAAAGAUUCACUUUUCAUGACAGCUGUUGUGAAACGGUCUCCAAGUUCAGCAUCAGCAGUUAGUUUUUUAAUGUAAUGUUCAUUACUGUUGUUGUAACAAAAUAGUUGUUUUAAACUGUUUUCUUUUUCCUGGUUAGCAUGACAAGAUUGUGCAGCGGCAUCUUGACAGGUCAGUCCCACAGUCUGCCACCACGUGUUCCCAACGCCACCAGCAGAGGGCGCUACAACACAAUACUGGUGGAGUUAUAUACUGAGUUGCUUCUGCCAGUGAUGACAAACCAGUAUUGUUUUGUAAAAAAAUGUUUUUUUUAAAUCGAUUCCUCUUUCCAGUAUGAAUAUAUGUGGGGUGAGAGAGACAAACAAGCAACUAUUAAAGAGUAAAAUAAAUAAAUGCUGUAUGUUACACUGAUUUUACAGAAAACACAUGAGUUGGAAGAAAAUUUUGUUUUUAAAAACCAUUCGGUGUAUUACUGAGACUGUUUCACCCCUAAAUAUAUACAAUCCUGUAAGAAACGAUGUGAUCCUUUUUGAAAAGGUAAUGAAGUCUUCUUAAUAAAGCUUAACAUUUUAAAAAAACAUUUGCACAAUCAUUUGAAAAAAGGAUAUACCUUGAACCUGUUUUCAGAGAUUAAAAUAAAAUUGAUUUAAAAAUG